ACUGUGCUGCAGGAAUGGUGUGUGUCGUAGGCAGAGCAGUUACAAGGUUGUGCGUCCCGUGUACAGUGCGUAUUUUCACAGUCGCAAUGGCAGACGCUUUGGGUAAAGUCCCCGACGCUGAAGUCGAUCCAGAGGGAACAUUUAAGUAUAUUUUAGUGAGGAUAAAAGUAAAAGAUGGAACUGAAUACAAAGAUAUAGUGAGAGGCACAAAAAGUGCUGGGCAGUAUCACAAUCAUAUAUUUGAGAAGGUCACCCCACCAAUAACGGCUUUGGGACUGGAGUGCAACUGUCUUGGAGGAGGGAAAAUUGAGCACAACAGCAAAGACAAAAAACUGCGUGUUUUUGGAGAAUCAACCGGCUAUGGCAAAGCAGAUCAUUCAGUGUCUGUUGAGAAGCUGAAGAGUGUCUUCAAAGACUACGAGAUCACCUGGUCCGAUGAUAAAGAAUAGAUCACCUGGUCUGAUGAUAAAGAAUAGAUCACCUGGUCCGAUGAUAAUGAAUAGAUCACCUGGUCCGAUGAUAAAGAAUAUAUCACCUGGUCCUGGUAAAGAAUAGAGGGGAACUCCCUCUUUGUAUAUGUCUGCUAAUAUCUGCCAUAUGGCUAUACGCCCCUGUUAACAAAACAAGACAGAUGUCACUGCAAUGAUUCAAAAUCAUUAAAAUAACACGUUUUUUCAGUUGCACUUUAUUUUGUACCAGUUUUGAAAAUGUUUGAUGAUGCAUAGUAGUGUGUAUCUGCAACCAGCGCAGAGUUGAAAUGAAAGUAAAGUAGGCCUUCUCCCAAAAAUUGUCAGGAACAUCAGUCAUAAUGGUUUUGGAGGCUGCGAGCCAAGCGUAAAGUCCAUACAGGAAGUUUCUGUGUGAUAUGGGAGCACAAAAACAUAUCCUGUUGGCCUCAGGGAGAGUGUUAGUUUGGGGAACCCUAAAUAGAGGCGAAGGACUGUUACUCAGAUCCUGUCCAACAGCCAGUCUUGUUCCAGAGCAAUAUAGCAUAUUCAGAAAGUGUUCAGACCACAUUACAGCCUUAUUCUAAAAUUGAUUAAAUUGUUUUUUUCCCCUCAUCCAAUGUUGUAGAAACAUCUCAAGGAUGAUCAAUGGAAACAUGGUUCACCUGAGCUCAAUUUCGAGUCUCAUAGCAAAGUGUCUGAAUACUUAUGUAAAUAAAAAUAUGUAAAAAAUU